AAUUUUCUUCACCUCGUGGGCAGUAGUGGGCUGUGGGUUGCAAGAACUACACGAAAAAAACCGGCCGAAAUUUCUUUUCACUCCAAAGAACUCCUCCAAAGGUAGGCUGUGAAGAUAGCUUAGAUACAAAUUUCAACUUAAUCGCUAAUAUUAUUUGGCAAGCAAAAUAUUUCCACGUAAAAGCUCAUUUGUCUUGAAACGAUGUGUCCCAAACGUACAGCCUAGUUGUCACGAUUGAUGUUAGAAGAAGCUUAAAUAUUUCGCCUCUCUACAGGUUUUGUCAAUUGUGAGGGCUUGAUUCUUAAGGGUUUUCAUUUUUAGUUGUGAGUUAGAGAAGUCUGUUAGAGCCCGAUUGCAAGUUUCAUUCAGCUGUCGAAUGAAAUGUACAACAUAACUUGCACAUGACGACAUUGAAAUGUACAUGUCUAUUAGGUCAGCAGUGGCUCGGAACGGCAAAUCUAUAAGUAAGCUUAUAAAAAGUUUGAAUAACAAAAGAUUAUUGAUUAGUAAAGUCAGUUUCUUGUAUUGCAAAAAAUGGUGUGGUAUUCAGGGAUUAACGUGAAAAAAAAUAAAUAAAUAAAAAUCUAGAUGUUGUCCUGAGAAUGUACUAUAAUUGCUUGCUGAAUUUCUACCAUCUGGGGUAGGACUUUCUCUGUGAAAAAAAAAAUUGAGAGUCUACCCUCUUAACAUAUCAAAUCCUGUGUGCUUUCAAUAAGAACGCUCCCUGUACCUGAUUUAGUGCUAGACGAAACUGCAGAGUGACUGUUGGUUCAUAUCAUACCUUAUAUGUUAAGUAGUGCUUCAUUCAAACAGAGUUACAUGACACUUAAUUUAUUAUGUUACUUGAGUUCAUGGGUAGAAAUCAUGGUAAGGAUAUCUAAAUAAAUUAUGGCCCAAACCAUGAUCUCAGUUUAAACAUCAACUUUAACUAUUUUUGCUUUACUCUGUCAAGCCCAUAAACAGUAAAUGAGCUUGAGGAAUGGUGCCUGAAAAGGAAAGGAGCCGCUAAAAAAACUGAGCUGAAUGUGUAGGGUAUCCAUGGAAACCAUGUAUGCAGCAACCACCAGGCAUUGUCGCACUAAAAACAGUUAAAACUAAGAUAAUAUUACUACAUACUUACCAUCCCAAGAAGGAUAAGUGGGCUGAAGUUAAAAUAAACUUAAACUGUCCAGUAGUAAGAAACAAAACAGUGUUUAUUUGGAGUAAACCAUAUAGAUUUCCAAGUAAAAUAAUAUUGUUCUUUGCCAGUGUUGACUAAGUUCUAAGGAGCAGGAAAGUAUGAGUGUUUUAGGAGUAAUUAAUAUUGGUGGCUUCCUUUUUUGUUUUAGCUAAACAUCAUGUCUGAUUCUGGCAGUGAAGGAGACCAACUGGGCAGCUCACCCCCAAGUAAGUCUAGCUCAGUGUGAACACUCUUCUUCACACUGUUUUCCAUACAUUUACUUUUGGCUCCUGAUAACUCAAACCCAUGCUAACUCGAACUUCGCGCUAACUUGACCCAAAGUCAAAUUCUCCUAGAUUUCCUUCAUGCAUUUGCUGCAAUUUUACCCUUGAUAACUCAAACCCUACAUGUAAAUAAAUCAAAAAUCCUGCAAACUCGCAGUAAUUUUUAUUUCCCUUGAGAUCUUUUGUAUUUAUUUUUACCCUUGAAAACUUGAACCAUGUUUUUAGUGAAUUACAAGUGGGAAAAAACAGUGUACUGAAGUCCGAAACACUGAUUCAUUUUAAACAUUUGUGUCAAUUCUUUGUCUUUUCCUUUUUGUCACUCAGUUCAAAUUCAGUGUUCAUCCCUGUACAUUACUCCAGCUUUGUUGCUUAAUUCCUUUUUCAAAAUAUCAUUCCAUAUCUCUUUCUGUCCCCUUGAAGUGAAGUUUGCAUAAUACUUGCAUUCCCUCCCCAUCCAUUUACUUAUAAAGUGACGUUUCUGCUUAAGACUGUGCUAAUAUAUUACCCGGUUUAUGACAAACCUCUAUAAUUGAGCAGCUAUUACCUCCAUUAAGUAGCCACUUGCCGGUACAUAUACCCUGAGGGUGGUCGCUUAAUGGAGAUUCAACUGUUGAAAUUGAGAAAUCACACAAGCUAACAUACUUGGUUUUAAUUUUUGGUAAGUUUAAAAAACUGAGGGUUUGAGAAAUUGUUAUUCAGUACUGUACAUAAUAAAAUAAGCACUUCUCUAUAAUUAUUAGCUUUUUUAAAGAAAAUACAUUCACCCUCCCUAUCUUGAUAAGAGGCUCUAAAUUUUGAACUUCCCUUAAUUUUUCUCACACAAUAAUGUUGCUACCCUACACUGUAAUAAAGAUUUGAAGCAGAAGUGUUAAUCACAUUGGUUUAUACUUUAUUUUUGCCACUUCUCUUCAGAUGAUACUGCUGCUGCAGUUAUGCAGAAUCCUCAACUUUUAGCUGCUCUACAGGUUAGUUUUUUAAUAGUGUUUAGGUUUGGGAUUGUUUCCACUGUGGGCAUGACCGUGAUUAGGUCGUCUAAUAAUUCUGUGGGUUAAUAGUGUUAUCAAUGCUGAUAAGAAGGAAUUUGAUGACGAUAACGAUGAAAGUGAUAAAGAUGUUGACUGUGCACAAAUAUGAUGACAAAACGAUAAUUGUAUAAUGGUUGCAUAAUAACAAAUUAUUGUGAUCUAUUACAAGUAAAUGUAUGGUAUUAAAGGUGGAGUGGCUUAGUGACACUGUUAGGGUUGAGAGUGACAACUGAUGUGGUGCUGGGCUUGAUAAUGCUGAGGUCAAUGCCAUUAUCAAUUUUUUAUGGUAAUAUUGAUCUAUUGUGUGAUGAUAAUCACAGGAAAAAAUAACGGAUUCCCAUUUUUGGAUAUUAAAAUUUAGGGUAUUUAAAGAAUACCCAUAAAAUCCCAAAUUUGGCAAAGUGAGACAAAUCCCAACCAGGGAAUUUCCAACCAAGUUCCCUGAUUGGGAUCCUGUGAAUUGUGCCAAUCACUUUCACCUGUCGAGAAUUUAGGGUAGUAUUGAUGUUUGGUGAUAACAAGUGUGAUUGUUAGGAACUUUGGUCAUUUUUAUUGUUUGUUUGUGUGUUUUUUAAACAGGGAGGUCUUAGCAGAUUAAUAGGACAACAGUCUGGAUACAUACAGAGGUCUGAUUACUUUUUUUGUCUGUUUAACAAGUUAGGUACACUUGCAUACAUGGUUCAAAUAUGCAUGAUUUUACAGGCCAUAGAUACACGCCCAAAAAAUCCUGUAACUAACUGUAACAAGUGAAUGAUUAAAGUGAAACUUGCGGUGGAGUAGCACUUUCAUGUCAACAAGCUAUCUUGACAUUUUACCCUCCACUAACUAAUUAACUAUUUUUUUUUAGGAAGUUAAUUCAUAUAGGGUCCACAUCUUUAAAUUCGUUUUGAGGGUAUUUCUCUAUUUUUAUUUUUAUGAUACUGUACCUUGAAUAAAGUAUGUAUGUAUAUAUGUAUGUUUUUUAAAAUUUUUUAUGAAGGAAAUAAUAGAUUGUUGAUUUUCAGAAAAAUAAAUAAUUUUUUUAUUUAUUCAAUAUUAAUUUGUAGAAUGAUAUUAUAACCCUAACAAAACUGAUUACUGAAUUCACAUACAAUUUAAUACAGUAUGUUCUUGUCAAACCUAAAAUUAAAACUCAAAUUUGCAUUCCUUGGUUAAAGUGUUUAUCAUAAUAACUCACACAUAAGAACCUGCUUGAUCUUGCUUGGCUAAAGAGGUUCUUGUAUUUUUUGGUAUUUAAGUGGCAAAUUUAUGCCAGGAGGUUCUUAAUCCACGGGUACUUUAAGUACAAUCAGGUGUUUUUGAGUACUGUACUAACAGCUCUUAUUUGCUUCUUCAUUUUCAGCCUGCCCAAAGCAGUAAAAAAAAGGCUAAAGGCAUUAAAAAAUAUACAGGUCAGAACUUUAAUUAUCUUGCCUUUUCCUAUAGUUUUCAGAGUGAAUUCGUGAUGAUUAUAAGAUUGAACAGCUGGUGUGAUGUAAUUAAUUAUUAAUUUGUUAAAGUUAUAACAAAUCAACAGGUUGAGUCAAAUGUACACCUCUGUAAAACCAAAAAUACAAAUCGACUGGCUUAGUGAAUUAUUAAACAGUAGUUUACCUGGUCACCUGCUUAUACUUUAUCUAAAGUACUUGCAUUUUCUUGAUACAAGCAAGUACAACCUGCAGGUCAGAUUAUUCCUGAUCCAACUUAUAGCAGUUUAGUGACUUACAAACGAGUGCCUUUGCUCUGGCUUAUUAUAAUUCAUUUCUACCCACUUUCCCCUUUGAAAAGAUGAAAGAGUUGGUCCCAAACUGACACACAGCAAGCUCAGGUGGUAGAAUUUUAGUCUGGAGAGAAGGGGAGUUUGUGGUUUUAUUUUAUUCCGGGGCAGGACCCUCAAAAAAAUUUGAGGAAGAAGGAUUGCCCAUAACCUUGCAUUAGCAGAAAACAAAAAACUCUGGAGGGAAAAAGUUUAGAUAAUGCAAAUAAACAGCAUGAAGGGUGCCUUUAAAUAUUACAGAAGCAUUUAAAAUUUGAUGGUAUAGAUAAAAUUUGGUUUUUAUUUAGCCUGAGAAAACAGCCUACAUGUACAUUUAAUGCGAUACCACCAAUGGAUUCCUCACGAAAUGGUGUCCGAGAAACAAAUGCAGAUAUUCCAUACUGAUGACAUAUCAAAUAGACCUGGCUACUGCUUCUGAUUAGUCGUGCUGCAAUAAGGGAAACUUGCUUCAACUAAUCAAAUGCACUAUUCAGAUCUGGGUAGUAACACUUCAUGAGUAUGAAAUUUCUGUGCUCAUUCCUCAGAUGUCAUUUCCCAGGGAAAUGGUUGUUGGCUUCAUGAAAUUUCAGCUGUUUUUAGCAGCGUGCAAAGAAAGUAGUGUCUGAUAGCCCAGGGCUAGUGGAUUUUGCUAUCGGGCUAGUGAAUUCUGUUAUUAACUUGCCUGACGGGCAAAUGAAGUUUUUGAGGAAUUCAAAUCACAGAAGAACUGUGAAAUCAGUGUGCUCAUCAAAACGUUUUUGGGCCUAGUUGAAAUGAUGUUUGGGCUAGUAAAUGUUAGCUUCAGCUUGCCCGAAUGGCAAGCUGUAAAAAUGACUUUCUUUGCACCCUGCUUAGGCUAGUUUUUUGUGUGAAAUUAUUGUAUUCAACAGGUUGAAUAUUGUAAAGUGGAAGGUGAAUUUUAUGAGAGGGUUCAUGCUCUUGAAUGUGAAUUUGCUGAAAGGUUUAAGCCCUUAUUUGAAAAGGUGAGGAGAAAAUAUAUUGUUGUCUGUAGUAAUGAACUAACUACAAUUUGCUGGAUUUUAUUGUGCAUCAGUCAUAAGUUGGUAUAGGUAAACUAAGGUUGAAUAUUUGCAUUUUUUCUCUCCUUUUUUUGUUUUUGUUUUUAGCGUAAAAACAUUGUCAAUGGUCAGUAUGAACCUACAGAUGAGGAGUCCCAUUGGCUAAGUGAUGAAGAGGAAGAAGGUGGAGAAGACAAAGAGGAAAAGGAUGAAGGAGAUGUCUCACAACUCUCUGUAAGUUUCUGUCCCCCACUCUGGUAUCAAUACACAAAUUCUCCGUACCACUCUCCAGUUAUUUCCUCUAGCAACAGUUAAGAGUACCGUAUUCUUCCGUAAGAGACCUUUGAUUUAAAUAGGAUUAUUUGUAUCAUACUCAUGAUGCAUUUUGCAGAGAUGCCAUCCUCUGGAGAUCUAAAAUUUGGAGAAUGUCUCUUUUUGUACCCCCCCCCCGUCCCCCCCUAUCACAUCAACAUCCAAAACCACCACCCACCCACCCCCUUCCAGUCCCCAAAUUAUAAUAUGGCCUUGGCUUAUUAGGACAUUAUAGGAGUUUUGAGGCAUGCAACUUAUGCCCAAGUUGCAAUUUUACUCUACCCUCUGGGUACGGGUAUUGAGUACAUGGAAUAGAAGAAGUACACCUGGUUAUGGCCAGUGUUAGAGUUGCAUAGAGUUCUUGACAAAUGGGCAUUUUGCAACUGAAAUCAAGCCGUUUCUACACUUUGUAAAUUUAACUUCACUUUACAUAGAUCUACCCUAGGAUACAGAAGACUAAUGUGUUAUCUUUGCCACCACUGGUUUUUCCGCGAAAUGACGUCUGAGGAACUACUGCAGAAAUUCAAUACUGAUAAAGUCUCGCUACCCAGGUCUAGGUAGUGACACAUCAUCAGUAUGGAAUUUCCAGUGGUGGCAAAAUGUUGACACUUUUCUUGUUGCAUUCCAAAAUGUUAGCAUUUUUUCUCAGUCUAUCAGGCUCAUUGCUAGUAGCUAAAUAUAAAAAUUAGCAUAUUGUAACUUAAUAGGAUACUUUACAUUCAGCUCUGUAAAUUUUACAGGACAAAACUCUCUCUUCCCGGCAGGGUGAAGUGAAAGAGAAAGUCAAAAUAGAUGAAGAGGAGAAGCUGGAAACAACGGAGAUACCAGGUGUGAAUAACUUGGAAAAAUAAUAAAUACACUAUUAACCCCCUACUCUUCAGUCUAAUAGUGACCAGUAAUUCAAUUUUUUUUGUAAAAUCCUAGGAAAUAAAUAGAAUUCUUCAAAAGUUCUGCCAAAGUACUUUUAUAUGAAUGGUACUGGUACACGAACGGAGCCUCAUGGCUAAGUAAAUUAAGUUAUCUAUCCAUCUGAGAAAUUUUGGUAGUCACUGGACCGUAUGUUGGCCUGUCAGUCUGUCCAUCUGCACCACAGGGAAACCUAUGUGAACAUGUGAAAUGCCACACUUUCUAGCUAGUGAGGGAGCAAAAAUAAUUAAUAAGAAAAUAAAGCUUAUUGUUGUUGUUGUUGUGGGAGCCUACAACCUGAUAUUGCACAUCCCCAUUGUUGACAAAACAGGGUGUCUGCUGACCAGUAUCACAUUACUGUAUCGCAUGACUGUAUCACAGGCUCAGGUGUCAACCCAGCGAGGGAUUGACAAGUUACUAGUUUUCAACUGAUCACAGGCUCAGCUCCUAGUGUUUUUUUUGCAAUGGUUACAAGCUAAUUGUUUGAAGUAAAUUAAUUAUAAAUUCAUUAAUGGGAGCCUCACCUUUAGCCUUUGUUUGGUUUCUUUUUUCUUUUUCCUUUUUAUUUAUUCUUGUUAAUUUGUUUUGAAUUAGAUGAUGUGAAGGGCAUUCCAGAGUUUUGGCUGACAGCAAUGAAGAAUGUAGAUAUGUUAGCUGAAAUGAUCCAGGUUUGUGGAUCUUUUAAUUGCUGAUAAUUUAACGAAAUCUUCAGUCAUCAGGUUUGUCAUGUUACAUUAGAUAAGAAGCGAAUUCGUUAAACAUCUGGAUACAAAAUACUGCUCUAAAAUGUUAAAGAACAGUGAAAGAGUUUUGUAAAAUAUAGUGACUUUUUUGGGCCCGUUGCAGAUGUUGAUGAUAGGGAGUGAUGAUAAUGAGAAUGAUUGAUGAUAAUAAUGUUAUUAACAGUAUUUGAUAAUUAUUUAGUUGUGGCAGUUGUGAGUUAAAUGAUGGAGUGGAGCAGAUUUUGAUGAUGUAGUGGCAAAUAUACCUCAUGUAUAAAUGUUCUUCCUUUAUCUUUCAGGAACAUGAUGAACCAAUUUUAAAGCAUCUCCUUGAUAUCAGAGUUGUAUUUACUGGUCCAGACAGCAAUGUGGAUACAACACAGUAUCCACAGCCAACUCCUAUGGUGUGUUUAUAAUAAUAUUAUUCGGUUAAGAACCUUGUCAAAUCAAUUCAGUAAAGUUAAAUUGCUGUGACAUGAAUUAUAGUUGCAAGCGAGUAUAAAUCUACAGGUUAGCCAGUCCUUUAAAAGAUUCUGGUCUCUAUAAUACUGACACCUCUCUAUUACAGACAGUUAUAUUACCAGCCCCUACUGAAUUCAUCAACAUUGCAUACGUAGCCCUCUAUUACAAACUGAUACAGUUGUUAUUUCAAAGAUACCAAACUCCGUACAUUGGUACAAAAUGCAACUGCCUCGUUAAUGUGGGUACUUGCAUCUAGCGCAUUGAGGCUCAAGAAAGCUUACACUUAUUGCUUUUAGAUUAUUAAGUUCGUUUAAAGGUUUCAGUUAUAUUAAAAGUGUCACUCAUGUAAAAUGUUAUUAUAGCCCGUAUUUGCCAUAAAUGGCCCUAACCCCCCUUGUUGAUAGCGUGUAAAAGUAUUUGAUAACUGACAAUGCUUUCUCUUGGGGUGUAAACAAACCAACUACAUGACUGACAAGCAACACGAACAACUUGGAAUAUGCUGAAAGCCAUGCUAGAAAGAAACUUCUGCUCGUAGGGUGGAUUAUAAUGCUGAAUCAUCUCUUAGAACGUUACUAAUUUGCAGUAAAAAGAACAAGAACUUUUUUUUGUAUGUUUUAAUUCUUUGUGCUAUUAUUUUUAAUUUUUUAGGGCUUUGUUCUGGAAUAUCACUUCUCACCAAACCCAUUCUUUACAAAUAGUGUAAGUAGUAACAAAUCAGUUAGUUUGUUUACGGCCGGGGGUACUUUAGAAAUUUCUGGGUGGGGAAAGAUUUGAUUAUGAUUGUUUUGAAAAAUUCACUAUUCUAGACCCAAACGUUCUGAUUUAAAGUCGCUAUCUUGUCUUGAAAACCAGUUUUUCUUGGAACCUAUAUAGCCCAUAAUAUCCAGGAGAAUUUGAAAAUUCACAUGUAUUUUCGUCUUGUCUUCCAUUUUUUCUUGGAAUGACUGUAAUGUCCAGGAGAUAUUGGAAAUACAUGUAUGGGCUAAAUUUGGCGGGGGCGAGGUAGGCAAACUAGGUGUAUUAAGAGAAACGUGCAAGUGGCAACAGAUAAAAUGAAUCAACAUAACCUGCAUCCUUGCCUGAUUAUAUAUACAAUUAUCUGUGCUACCAUUUAAAAACAACUCUAUUUCGUAAAGGCAUGUUUAAAAUUCAAAAUGUCCAUCACAAAACAGACAGGGACUGCACAGGCCAUGAGGCGGUUUCAUUUUUGACUGGCUGAAUCAGUCAACUUUCGAUAGUGGUUGUUUUAAUUUGCUUAAAAUGCGCAGAGACAUCACCUUCGUUUGGUGCAGAUAAAGCAAAGGAAAUUAAAGAACUCUGCAUUUUUGCCUGCUGUCAUUUUUUUUACAGGUUUUGACAAAAAGUUAUAAAAUGAAAUGUGAACCAGAUGAUGAUGAUCCAUUCUCCUUUGAAGGACCAGAAAUAAUCAGCACUUCAGGGUAUGUUUACUACAAGACUGUCUAGUCUCACGUUUUUCUUUUCAGAGUUACACCACGCGUAACCCAUGCUCGCGAGUGAGCAUGCCUUUAUAACUGGCGAAAAAUUGUCUUUGGUUCUUCAGGGCUUGCCUGUGUCAUGGAAUUUCAGUAGUUAUAACUUGUUAAGCAUACAAUUUCCUUUGUCAUAUUUUGUUUUAUAGAUGUCACAUUGACUGGAAAAAGGGCAAGAAUGUUACUCAGAAAGUCGUGAAGAAAAAGCAAAAGAAGAAGGGUUAGUGUUGUACAUGUAUCAUUAGUUUUGUGCUGCAAUUUUUAUCAAGGCUAAGUUAGUGUACUGAUUUUAUGGUAGAGUUCACUUUUUUGCCUGAAACAGCAGUACUUUCUUUAGUAUUUUCAUGGAUUAUCAUUAUCAUUUGGGAGCUUAAGAUGAGAGGAUGAAGACGGCAGUGAAAACGUCGUUUAAAAGUGAAUUCAAGCUUAAAAUCUUCAUCGGGAUUAUAUCUAUGUACUUACUUUGCCAAAUGUAAGCGAACUCUGCCGGAGUUGAAUUCCUAAGAACCACAUGCAAGUUCAUAAAGAGCAAGAAAACUUCGUCGUCGCUUGUCACCAGUUUACGUCCUCCAUAAAAUGUGCAGUUAGGCAUUUUCACGUUGUAGUCGUGCAGUGACGGCAAAUGAAAUGUACAAAAAAGCAUGAUGCACGUGCAGAGCUUUUGUUUUGCUCAUUAAACCUAUUGUUUGUGACGGUCUCGUUGCCAUUGCUGUCGUCGCAUCUUAAGGUUCCUAUUGUCGUUAUUUUUGUCAAUGUCUUCAUUGUCAUCAUUUUGAUUAUUAUUUCGUUAUCGACUCCACUAGCUCGCCUGCAAAUUCAGCCGUCUCUAUUUGCUCUUCGCUUCCAGAGACGUUUCCCAAGAGACCAGCAAGACAUCUCUAUACUUAACCUGCAGGAAUAGCCUAUACACAGACGUUGCUUUAUUUUUCUUUUUGAUAAUCGGCGAGCGCGGAGCGCGAGAAAGAAAAAUAUUUUCUUCUUCCCCCACCCCUACUCCCUUGCGCUAGCGGUCAUUUAAUUCCCCGCUGUUUUUAUCUCUAUCACGCACACUCGGUGGACUUUUAAGAGAAAAUGGAGGGUCUGUGAACAGGCUACUGCAGGAAAGGCGUUAUUUUUUCGCCUUAUUUUUUCGCGAAGCGAGGGAGGACACGACGCGCGCAUGGUAGUCACGGUAGCCACAUGGUAGUCCACGUACCCAGACGUAUUUCCGGUCGUCGCUUCUCUUGCAGACUAGUCAUAAAUGUGGAAAGUACGCUGUGUCAUAACAAUAGGUAUAUGUUCUCUAUUUUCAGGGUCUGCAGGAAAGCAAACAAGAUUUGUCAGCAAAACAAUAAAAAAUGAUUCAUUCUUUAACUUCUUUGCACCUCCUGAAGGUCAGUGGCAAUAGUCUUUUGGAAGGAAUAGAAUAGGGCCAUUUAUACGAGGAAAAAUAAGACGCGAACUGUACCGUUUGUACGAUCAUGUCUUAUCUAAGACGAGAAUGGUUCGCGUCUUAUUUCUGUUCUUGACUCGUUUUCAUGUGAAUGUUGCCCGUAGCAAAACUGAACGCAUGCAUACUACGCGUUCGCGUCUUAUGUAAGACGCGAAGGUCAUUUAUACGAAGUUUUUCUCGUCUUAGCUAAGACGCGUCUUAUCUAAGAACAGGUGUUAUGCUGCUAAGACGCGUGUAUCGCGUCUUAUUUUAGACGAAAUGUCGUUUAUACGCAAAGUUCGGUCUUAUUUAAGACCGUCCUGGACGCGUCUUAUUUUUCUCGUAUAAAUGGCGAAUUUGAGAACAUGGAAGCUGGUUGCACCGCGAUGGGGACAACAAGACCUGGUUCUCAUAUGCUGCCGAAUCUUUAGCCGCCGGCACCGCCACUGUCUGACGAAUGAGUUGCGCCGCCGGCGAAUCAACUUACCGCAGGCAUGCGGCGUUGAAAGACAUGCCGGCGAUAAAGACUGGGAUGACCAAUGUUGGCGGCCACAUCUGUUUUCAUAUCGGAACAGUAUCUCAGGCAAUACCGGCGGCCAUGUCGCAGGUGCAUCGGCGGCAUAUGAGAACCAGGCUUAACGUGCGCUCAAACUUGAGGAGGUAUGCAAACCUAUCUGAUCCCGCUCGCAACCCAGCGACGACCCCCACAUGCUCACACUUCUCAUGGUACACAUCACACGGAAGCCAUUUGGGUCAGUUGAAGUACAAAAAUAAAGAACAACAACAAUUUGCAAGAAGUGAAUAAGGGAGAAUGUAUACUGUUCACAGUCCCGUAUUUUUCCGUAAGAUCGUUGAUAUCGAGCGCUUUGCGUUACGGGCGACCAUCUUGGAUAAGUGUCAAAUCUACUUAGGGGGUGGGGGACAGUUUGGGAGGAGGUCCCCUCCUCUCUCGUCCCUCUAAACCCCGACGCCCGCCCCCUCGGUACAUAUAAAACCAAGAUGGCCACCCGUACCGGUAAGCGCUCUAUCCUGACGAUCUUCACGAAAAAAAAGGGGUCUGUGAACAGUGAAACGCUCAAUUGAGUGUGAUGACACACCGUGUGGCACGAAAUUUUUGCGGGGGUUUAUUUUUGCGGGAACUAAUUUUUGCGAUUAGGUUAAUGAGAUUGGUUUUUCUUGCUGGGAAUUAAUUUUUUGCGAUGUUCCUGGAAAAGUCAUCAUCGUUUUUACUGAGUACGUGCAGUGAAAUAAUAAAUACAUAUUUUCACGCAAUACUAUAGCGUGUUUACCCUAUGUAAAACCAGUGACAGGAGUUUUGUUCGUCAUUUUAAUCGUUUUGUUUCUAAACGUAAGAGACAAGUUGUAGUUGAACAGACUCUGAAGUAAUUUUUUGCGAGAAAAAUGUUUGCGGUAAUUAAUUUUUGCCGAUCGUUGGAAAAAUCGCAAGAAUCGCAGAAAUUAGAACCCGCAAAAAUUUCGUGCCACACGGUACUCAAAAAGCAAAUCUGCAAGCGUAUAUAAUAGUGCUCGCAUAAGAUGUGAGACGCGACUGCUGACCGUGACGUAGCCUGCACUGGCUCACUGACUAUACUUAGUUCAGUUAUUUAACCCUUUCUUUUUUUUUUUUUUACUUCAUUUUAGUUCCCGAGGAUGAAGCUGAUAUGGUAAGAAAUGACUUUUCAAUAGUUAAAUGGAUGGAAAGUAAAAAUUACCUCCCAAAAACGCAUUUUUAAAUUAUGGAUUUUGCUAUUAAAACCUGUUUUACAUAUUUAUACAUAUAUAUUUUGUAGGAUGAAGAAACGGAGGCCCUCUUAUCUGCUGAUUUCGAAAUUGGUCAUUUCUUCAGAGAAAGAAUCAUUCCCAAGGUAAUGCAACAGACGAGUUCACAAUUCCAAUACCCAUUACCUUCAAACUUGAGUUCUAUUCGCUUGAGCAUAUUAAGAAACUAUUUUCGUGUCGAAACAUUUUUCGAAGCCUCGUUUUGAAAAAGAGGCAGGAGGCAAAUUAGAAAUGGAUCAAUAGGGCCAUUUAUUAAGAAACUAUUUUCGUGUCGCGUAUAAAACAUUUUUUCUUAGAAGCCUUAUUUUAGAACGUUUUCUUAGAUAAAAGAAAAAGAGGCAGGAGGCAAAUUAGAAAUGGAUCAUUGACUGCCAUCUUCUCUUACUUUAACACGAAAAAAAAAACUUUACUAAAUCACGCUUAAGUUUUCACUAAUAUCAGUACAGGCCCAGUUUUGAUGCCAAAAUGAUAUUUAAACACCGAUCACUUUACCCAAGUGGCCCAAAUACUGAUUUUAAUUUCAUUUAAUUUUAGACCUCUGAAAGUUAGAGCGCGCAAGUAACAUUACGUCUCUGUUUUGUUGUGUGAAGGUUAAGUUGUGCGCGCAUUUGUCAGUUGUUUUCAAAUCGCUGAACAAGAGAGUGCACCCUCGAAAACGUCUUUUAUUGUUGUUGUUUUUACCGAACGUUUUCAGUGCAUACUAUAACAGAACCUUGACUUUUUCACGAAUUAUUGCGUUGCACAAGUUUUUCAUGAAUUCUAAUUUGUGGUCCGUUUUCACCAGUUAAACCCUGGGUUAAAAGUAGAAGUGACUGUCGAGCUCACACCCUCUUCCAAUUACUUGGAGGCGGGGUGACCAAGCGGUCACUACCUCAAGCUUGGAAUCCGUACCUUGCCAUUGCCAUGAUUUCGUUGUCUUGUGUUCAAGUUCUUUUACAAAACGUGAAAUUCGGCACUUUCACGUCGUUGUCGUGCAUUGACGGCAACGAAAUGUACAAAAAAGCGUGAUGCACGUGCAGAGUUGUUGAUUUUCUAAUCUAAACCUAUUGCUUAUAUGACGCUCUCGUUACUGUUGUCGUCGUUGUUGCUAAAGCUCCCUGGCGCCGCGAUAGACUAGCAUCCCAUCAAGGAGGCGCAAAGGGCAUCUUCCUAUAAUAAGGCCUUAAAGGCCUCGUCGCUCCUGCGCGGCGCCUUUCUUAUACUUAAUUACCUGUUUCAGUGGCAAUCACGGUGGAAACAGCACUUUCCCAGUCUUGGCUAUAAACUGGGGGAGGGGAGAUCUGGUGGUUCUUUUUCCCACCCCCCUCGUCUUAAAUCUUCUUUGGUAAUAAACCAUCCCUGAGAGAACAGGAUUACUUGGUUGUCCUUUGUAGAAUCAUAGUUGUUGAACGUUCAUGGCUUUAACAAAUACAUGACUGGGUUGCUUUUUAACAGUUGUCUUUUUUUUUGUAGGCUGUGUUGUACUUCACAGGAGAAGCGCUUGAAGAGGAAGUAAGUCUUUCAGUCGUCAGCUUGUAUUUUGUCUUUGGUUAGCUCUUAGCUGGGCAGCCUGUGCUGUUUUGGGUCAGACGUCGAACUUAGGACGCGUUGAACCAAUCAACUAAAUCUAAAACAUUAAUUUUUGGCGUUUUUUUUUUCAGUUUGAAGAAGAGGAGGAGGAAAGCGAAGCAGAGGUAAUGCGUCCCGGGGAAAACAACUGGCUUUGUUUCCCAAGAAACUUAAUGUGUCCCGGGGCGGAACCGUGGGAAGCAAAAUAUAACUGGUUUCCCCCAGAAACUGCUCAUUAUGUGAUUUGUUAUAUAUUACAUAAUGAUGAUAGUAAAUCUCAACAAUUGGUCAACAUUCGUGCACUGUUAAUGCAUUGUUACCAAGUUGCUCGCUCAGAAACGUUUUGGUGGGAAACGUGUGACCUCAAAAUAACCAAUGAGAGCGAGCGCUGUUGGGGAAAAAUUUACACUUACACAACAAUGAUGUGUACUUUACGUUCCUACGGCACAGCGACACAGGCUAUUUCGUAUUUCAUAUUACCAACUAACGCCUUCGUCGUAACAUAACGACAAAAUUGUUAAAUGAGCUGUUAGAAAUAUCUCAGUUUACUUUCCAAUCACAACAAAUUGUUGGAAGAAAGGUUUUGAAAGGUUUCAGUUUGUUUCUAGUCUCAAGUAACUGUGGGCAAGCAACUCCAAUAACAGUGCAAUGUUGGUCUAAUGAUGGGACAAUUUUGCAUAAGUAAUGGUGCAAUGUUGCAUUACAUUUUUUUCUGAUUGCUGUCAUUUUCAGGAAGGGGACGGUGAAGAAGAUGAAGAUGAGGACCCAGAUUACCAGCCACCCCCGGUAAGUCAUUACUGGGAUUAUUUUACGGGUGGUGUUAAGGCAAUAUGCUUAAUUCGGCAAGAGGUGUUUCUUAAUUUGAUAGAGACCAGUGUUCAAACCUCUAUCUAUCUUUUUUUGAUAGAGAUUUGAACACUGGUCUGAGGGCACUUUUGCGCUAUACAUGGCCGGGCAGUUCCAGGUAUCUCUGAUUGAUUCAAAUCGCACGGAUUAUUCUUCAUAACCAGCUAGCGUUGACCAAAUUUGGAAGACGUUUGCGAUAUGUGGAAAAUGACGUCAAUAUAUAGUACAGCAUAAACACCAGAAAAAAUGGACGGGCAACCGUGAAGCCCUGGGAUCGAGGUUGCGUUGUUUUCGUAGAGCAGCACAAAAUGGCGGAACAUUUCGCGCCUUUCGCUCAAAGUUCCUUGUAAACAGAGCGAAAAAGUUGAAUAGUCCCGUAUGAACUAAGUGUCAAGUCAAAUUUUCAGUCGCUCGAAAAUUCGUCUCGUGCCUUCUGAACUUGGCCUUAAGUAAAUAAGUGCGGCAAAUGGGACGCCAAAAUAACCCGAAAAGACAAAUUCGCUUUUAGUCACAGUAAAAACCGUCGGUUGCAGAGAGUUAAAGAAAAACUGGAAGUUAAGUGCCCUCACAUCCUUUAAGUUGUGACUUACAGAUCGUUGAAAGUCGGUUUGCUAACUGAAAUGGAAAAUUUGAAAGCAAAUUCACCAGUUUAAAAUAGGUACCCUCAGAAAUCAAAUUCUAGUGAUGGUGAAAAUCAGCACGACGACAGUGAAAACAAUGAAAAGGAUAAAACAGUGUUUAUUAAAGAAAACAAUUUGAAACCAAAUGGACUGGCUACCGUAAAAAUGAUCAGAUAUUUGGGCCCUCUUUAUUGGAAAAAACCCUCUACAAUUUCCAGCUACAUUCACCUGGAACUGUUCAACAUUUUCGCUCUGUUCACACGGAACUGACGAACGAAUUUGAAUUUUAAUUUUUCUCAGUGGUUUUACCAACAGCUUAGUUCAGUUCAGUUCAGUUCAGUUCAGUUCAUUUUUAUUUAGCUAAAAUAUAAUACAAUACAGGAAUAUAUGUAGGAAUUGUAAGUUGACAAGGAGCCCAGAAGAAAUCAGAAAGCUUAUGAAGCCUGGGUUCCCCAGUCACAAGGAACUAAGUAAAAUGAAAUUCAUGAAGUGAUACGUUAAAAAAAAUAGGAACUAAACUGGGACUGAGCUAAGUUAUGAAUUCAGUAACAAGAUAGAAAAAAGUUUGUAACUUGAACUCUGGAUUGGAACGAAUAUAAGGAGAUGCUCUGCUCAUGGGCAGAGCGCCACUUUAGCAAAUCCAAAAUGGAGUCUCUCAACUGAGUUACUAGUCGCCACUUUAGAGACGAGCAAGAAACUGGGCCGAGUUAACUUUUGCAAAGGCUUUUGGGACUGUUACUAGAGGCGGGAAAAAAUUGACCAAAAGCUGACCGGCGCAUGCGCAGUAACGAUCCCAGAAACCAUUGCGGUGCUCUAGUUCCCAUUUUGUUUCUUAUCACGUCUAAUUUUUAAAAAUGCUAGGCGUCUGAAUUCUCGUACGGUCGGAAAACCCAAACGCACCAAUUUUCCACUGGUCGAAAAAUCUUCCAGUUCUGUUUAAUCUUGAAAUUGCUUUACUUCUUCCUGCUCCUAUUUAUCACUUUAAUUUCUCUUUGUAGGAUGGCGAGAAACCGCCGGAGUGUAAAAACCAGUGAAAACUUUGCUUUCUCCGAGAGGACAAACUUCUUUGGUCAACCCUCUGUAAACAAACCUGGUGAUUUCUGAAUGAAAUUUUGUUUGACCGAGCGUCAUGGGUGGGGGGACGGGUUGGGGGGGGGGGUAUUUAUUUGAUACGCCUAAAAAUUCGAUAGUAGCAUCAUUUCAUCAUUA